AAGGAAUCGGUGGCCAUGGGGCCGAGAACGAGACCUCCAAAGUUGUGGUUUGUAUGGCCAUUUCAUCGAUUUUUAACAUUCCUCAGCUUAUAUCUCGGCUCGGGCUUGCGCCAAGAUUGUUGCAUUUUAACCUUCCUCAGCCACAUCUACUGCUGUUCCCGGUGUAUCACGGCGCGCUUACCUGUACGGCUGGCGCCCACACGAGUGAUUAGCCUCAAAUGGCGUCGGGUGAUCGGCGCGUCUGGAGCCAGCAAGAGGACAGUGCUAUCAAAGACUUGGUAAUGAGGUAUGGGACGCGCUCUUGGAGCGUCAUCGCCGAACACAUCGUGAGUGACUACAAUAUCGAAGGCAGGACCGGCAAACAAUGUAGAGAACGAUGGCACAACCACCUUGACCCCCACAUUAACAAAGAUGCCUGGACUGCAGACGAGGAAAGAGUCAUGGCGGAUGCGCAUAAAUCUCUUGGUAAUAAAUGGUCCGAAAUUGCGAAACUAUUACCCGGCCGGACUGACAACCAUGUAAAAAAUCAUUGGUAUUCUUUCAUGAGAAGAAACGUUCGACGACUCAACAGAGAAGUCAACGAUGGGCAACCAAAUCAUCAACAUGUCGGAUCAGGUGCAUAGCCUACACCCAUCCGUUGUCAAAUCGAGGCGGUAUACUUUGCCAAUAGAAAGGACUGCUGGGUCUACGCAAGAACCCCCACUAAAGAAGGGUCGCUCACGGAAGGCAGCUAAUC